UGCAAAGGAGGAGGGGGUGCAGUCAAAGAGGAGGGGACUAAAAUAUCCUAAAAGUUUGCAUCUAUAAUUGGCACUGCUUUUUAUGUGAGAGUGCAGAAUGCACCACGAAAGCCAACCCCCCACCCACCGCCAUCACUGCUGCCACCUUCCCCUGUCCCCUCCUACUGUGUGCAGACCUUCACAAGCUGCCUUCAACUCAUCUCAUCUGCACACUGGAUUUUGCACUCUGGAUUAUUUUCACCCCAUGUUGUGCCUCUUUAGAGCAGUUUGGGUGAAGAUGCUGAGGAGCUGCUGAUACGGGCGCUGAUAGGGGCUGGAGGCAGGUGGGCGCCAAACCUCCAGAGACGCUGAUUAACAGGUCAUAGAAACCAAAGAGUUGGAUGGUGGUUUUAAACUAGGAAGAACUGACCCGAAUCAAGACCAAUAUGGAAUUCCGACUGGGAUUUAGAAUCUUCUUGGUCUUGGUCAUCCUGACUCUUUCAAGGGAGAAUGUGGAUGCUCAGAGGGCAGGGUGCAAAAACGUCCAUUAUGACCUAGCAUUCAUCCUGGAUACCUCGUCAAGUGUAGGCAAGGAGAACUUCGAGAAGAUCAGGCAAUGGGUGGCCAACCUCGUGGAGUCCUUUGAUCUGGCACCAGAUAAGACUCGAGUGGCUGUUGUACGCUACAGCGACCGGCCCACCACAGAAUUUAACCUGGCGAGAUACAGGACCCUGGAAGACGUGAAGCAGGCUGCCAGAAACAUACGCUACCUUGGAGGGAAUACAAUGACCGGGGACGCUAUUAGCUACACCACCGACAACAUCUUCUUGGAGCGAAAUGGGGCCAGGCCAUUGGGAGCCAAGGGCAUCCAACGGGUGGCUAUUCUGCUCACCGAUGGCCGGAGUCAGGAUUACGUUCUUGAGCCGUCCAAGUUGGCUGCCAGAGCUGGCAUCAGGAUGUUUGCAGUGGGCAUCGGCGAGGCGCUGAAGGUGGAGCUGGAAGAGAUCGCGGCUGAACCAAAGAACGCUCACGUCUUCCACGUGACGGACUUUAACGCCAUCGAUAAGAUCCGAGGUCGGCUCAGGAGGAGGCUCUGUGAGAAUGUGCUGUGUCCAAAUAUGAAGGUGCAACCUGAUCGCUUUCAACCAAGCAGUACCAGCUAUGGCCUGCAGAAGGUUCCUGGAUUUGACCUGAUGGAGUACUUCAGUGUCAAAGACAUUCUGGGGAGCAGACUUGAUGAGGGCCAAAGUGCCUACGUCCGUCUUGGCACCAUGCCAAUUGUGCAGCAGACUGAAGACGUGUUCCCCCAGGGCUUGCCGGAUGAAUACGCCUUUGUCACCACGUUUAAAUUCAGGAAAACCUCAAGGCGAGAAGAUUGGUACCUUUGGCAGGUUUUUGACAAAUAUGGAAUACCACAGGUGUCCAUCAGGCUGGAUGGCGAGAACAAGGCAGUGGAGUACAAUGCCGUGGGCCUGACCAAGGACGCCGUGCGAGCCGUCUUCAAGAACUCUGAAGUGGACAACCUGUUUGACCGCAACUGGCACAAGAUCGCUCUGAGCGUGGAGGCCAAGAGCGUGUCUCUCUACCUGGACUGUAAGCACAUUCAGACGCUGCCCAUCGAAGACAGGGAGGACAUCGACAUCCAGGGGAAGACGGUCAUUGGGAAGAGGUUGUAUGACAGCGUGCCAAUUGAUUUUGACCUUCAGAGGAUGGUGAUUUACUGUGACUCCAAACAUGCUGAGCUGGAAACCUGCUGUGAUAUACCCAAUGGGCCUUGCCCCCAGAAGGUGGUGACAGAGGCUCCUCCAGUGCCCAUCCCCACCCCCACACCCACUGUGGCCGAGCAACAGCUGGGCCACCAAACCAACUGCUCCUGCCCUGAAGGACAAAAGGGAGCGACUGGAGCACCUGGCUUCGCAGGUCUCAAGGGUGAAAAGGGUGACGCCGGCGCUCGAGGUGUCGCCGGGCUGCAGGGCCUGAUGGGAGAAAAAGGAGAAACUGGCAAAGUAAUCUCUGUCAGAGGUGAGAGAGGGGAGAAGGGUGAUAGAGGCACAGUGGGGCUGACAGGUGCCCCUGGACAGAAGGGAGAGAAGGGAGUCUCUGGUGUUCCUGGUAUUGAUGGACUAUCUGGAGACAAAGGAGACAAAGGGGAGGCAGGACGGGCUGGCACUCCUGGACUUACUGGUCUGACUGGAUCAAAGGGAAUUCAAGGUGAUACAGGAUAUGCAGGGUCACCUGGACCAAAAGGUGUCAGUGGCGACCGGGGAAUAAAGGGUGAAAAGGGAACGACGGGACCCAGCGGGACCGGCGGUUUGGAUGGAUUUCCUGGAAAACCUGGCGUUCCUGGCAAAGAUGGUUUGAGGGGACUGACUGGAUUUCCUGGGGCCAGCGGGGUGAAAGGUGACAAGGGGGAGCAGGGAAUUCCCGGUUUACCUGGUGAUGUGUAUCAACAAGAGGGCCUGAGAGGAGAAAAGGGCGUUGGAGGACCUCCUGGGCCGCCAGGUGCUGAUGGCCCACCAGGACCACCUGGUCCUCCUGGUCUUCAGGGUCUACCAGGGGAGCCUGGAGAGUUUGGCCAAAGGGGAAAGAAAGGUGAAAGUGGAUUACCUGGAGUUGAUGGACUUCCAGGACCUCCUGGUCCUUCAGGUCCAGCGGGACCACCAGGGAAGACGGGUCACACCGGACCACCUGGUCUGCCGGGUGAAAUUGGAUUUUCAGGCAAACCUGGCGAGCCUGGAAAACCUGGUGUUCCUGGUAAAGACGGACUGGAUGGUCUUCCUGGUAAUGAUGGACCCAUGGGUCCGAGAGGAGAGCGUGCAACAGAUGGUUUUCCUGGCAAGCCUGGACCAAAGGGUGAUGAUGGGCCUCCUGGACCAAGAGGACCUCCUGGGGAGCGAGGAGAGGCUGGUGCUCCUGGUCAAUCAGGUGUUGACGGAGCAAGAGGAGAGAGGGGGUCUCCGGGGGAAAGAGGACAGGAGGGACCAUUUGGGCCAAAAGGUGAAAAGGGUGACAAGGGUGAAAUAGGAGCCAGGGGGCCACCUGGUAUUGCUGGAGAUGUAGCAAGUGUAAUCCCUGAGCCGGGAGAACCUGGAAAACCAGGAGAAAAGGGAGAGAAAGGAGACCAAGGACAUGCUGGAGAAAUGGGCCCUCGAGGAUUACCUGGUGAACAAGGCUUCAAGGGUCCACCUGGAGCAGCGGGUCCUAAAGGGGACACAGGCCCUCAAGGAGAGACCGGACGUGUUGGAGACCCAGGCCCUCCAGGUGUAGCUGGUCCUCAGGGGCUCCGAGGACUACCAGGCCAUGCGGGAAUACCGGGCAUCAUUGGGCCCCCUGGUGUUGCAGGAGAGAGAGGAGACAAGGGCGAAUCAGGCAAACCAGGACAAGCGGGUCAACGAGGUCCAGCUGGAGAACCUGGUUUGAUUGGACCUCCUGGACCGACAGGGAAGGGAAAAGAUGGCCUAUCAGGUGAACCAGGACCUCGGGGAAAUGAAGGACCCCCAGGACCAAAGGGCCCACCGGGAUCAGUUGGGGAGCCAGGGCCACAAGGGGACAGGGGCUCUCCAGGUGAAGGCAAAGUGGGACCUCAAGGGCCUCCUGGAAAUAAUGGAGAUCCUGGAACUCCUGGCUUGAGGGGUCUGCCUGGUGUUGCUGGUCCUCAAGGCCCUGCAGGACAUAAUGGUCUGCCUGGAAGGCCUGGGGAGAAAGGAUCAGCUGGAGAGCCUGGAAAAGCAGCGGACCUUUCUGACUUAAAACUGAAAGACAUCUGUUCAGACUGCCCGGCAGGUCCACCUGGACCACCUGGAAUCCCAGGACUCUCAGGCGAUAAAGGACUCCAGGGAGCUCCUGGGAAAAAUGGCCAAGACGGCUACCAAGGCUCGCCGGGACUACCUGGACCUCAAGGACCUCCUGGAACUGACGGAGGAAAGGGACUCAAAGGCGAUCGUGGAACUUCUGGAGCCCCAGGAGAUAAAGGAGAAAAGGGUCAUCCUGGACCUCCUGGCCACCCUGGUCCUGCUGGGAUGAUGGGCUCAGCUGGUAACGAUGGACAACCUGGUCCUGCUGGUCCCCCAGGACCACCUGGAGAAAAGGGCAAAGAAGGUCUUAAAGGGAUCCAGGGACCUCCAGGUCUUCCUGGCCUGACAGGUCCACUUGGCAAGACGGGCAAGGAUGGCCAACAAGGUGAAGCAGGAGAACCAGGCAAGCAAGGUGAACCUGGACCACCUGGAAACUCUGGACAACGAGGACUUCCAGGCUUCAAGGGUCACAGAGGAGAACCUGGUAGUCAGGGGUCAAAGGGAGAAGAUGGAAAGCCUGGACCACCUGGGCGGGAAGGCAAACCCGGAAAGGAGGGUCUAAAGGGGCCUCCAGGACCAGAAGGUCUUCUUGGACCAAGAGGAGAGCCAGGCAAACAAGGAGAGCCGGGGCCAUCAGGCAAAGGAGGAAUCCCUGGAACACCCGGUCUUAGGGGGGACAAGGGAGAACCUGGCAACCCUGGAUUACCAGGAUUCAGUGGGCCUAAAGGUCCUGCAGGUCCACCUGGUCCAGUUGGUCCUGAAGGGAAACAGGGAAUGCCAGGCAGGGUGGGCGACCGUGGCCUGAAAGGAGAGAAGGGCGACACGGGCAUCAAAGGAGACAAAGGACAAUCAGGAGAACCAGGUAUGCCAGGAAAUCCGGGACCACCUGGCCGGAAGGGACACACUGGAAUGAUGGGCAUGUCAGGACCACCAGGAGAAUUAGGAUCUCCUGGUCCUCAAGGACCUUCUGGAAACCCCGGAAUGCCAGGACCGAGGGGCGAGUCUGCUUCAGUGGAGCUGAUGAGACGUCUCAUUCAGGAGGAACUCAGUAAACAACUGGAUGCCAAGCUGGCCUACAUCACAGCUCAGAUGCAGCCAGCGCACGUCAAAAGUUCAGCAGGACGUCCGGGACCACCGGGUCCCUCUGGUAAGGACGGCAGUCCUGGACGACCUGGGCCACCUGGAGAACCUGGCAUGCCGGGACUGAACGGCGGAGAAGGAUCACGGGGACCCAUGGGACCUAAAGGUGAAAAGGGGGCUGCAGGAGAAAAGGGAGAAGCAGGUGUGGGUGAAAGAGGCGAACAUGGUGCUCCCGGUCCAAUAGGUCCAGCCGGUAUUCCAGGCUACGGUAAAGACGGAAGCCCGGGACAAGCCGGAGCCCAAGGAGAACCAGGUAACCCCGGUCCUCACGGUCAACCAGGACCUGCAGGGCCUCCUGGCCAGUGUGACCCCUCACAGUGUGCCUACUAUGCCAGCCUGGCCAACAGACCUCACAGCAAGAACGUCAAAGGGACCUAAAGAGUUGUAUUUAUGAACAUUGUCUCAAUCCAGGACUUUUUCUUUUUUUGGAGGACUGACGGUCAUUCUUUUUGUUUUCUGCUAUGAAGCUUGUUGGAUCUGACUUUUUCAGGAGAGCAGCUAAGUAUUUCUUCCUGACUUGCAUGCUUGCUGUAAGACUCAUGGGAGACAAGGCGCUCCCUCCAGGUAAACUCAAGCAUAUUUUACCUAGUGCAAUUAUUUCAGGCAAGUGAUGUUGAUUAGAUUUGUGCUUCUCGUGCUCUCAUUGGCCAAAAACUUUGAAAUAUCAUUUUAAUUAGGGAAUAAACCAAAGUAGCUCACCUCUCCUCCCAACUCCUUGAUUUGAGCUUUUCUACCUCAAAAAGUCCUUAAAAAAACAAAUCAAUUUAAAAUAAGUGUUGCACAGAAUUGAAGAUGAAUGACUUGCUUUGUCUGCAUCAAGUCAUUUGGAUUGUCAUAUAGAAGCUAUUUUUAUAGUAUUUUAUUAGGACUUUGAAGUGUUUUUACUUAUUACAAAGUUAAGGGCCACCCUUUCCUCACCCGCUGUGCGUAAAUAGGGCCCCGUCAUCUGUGGGAGCCCCUCUUUUGCUUGUAAAAUGUCAAUGAAUGACGAAAUGAAAUUUUACCUUAAAUAUAUUCCUAGCCCCUUCCUGCUCAGUAGCUGAUAAAAUGGCAAAAUUCCCCUAAAAGUUGUCAUUGUCCCCAACAGUGCUGUUACUGGUCCAGUUUCAGGAAGGUUUCAAAUUAAUGUUUGAAUUGUGUUUAUUUUCCAUAAAUUAUUGGACAAUGUAUUUCCUAUGAAUUGUUAUAUUACACAACCUGCAUAAAGUUAAAGUCAAGUUUUAUCAUGAUUCCCGAGCGUGGCCACUGCUGUUGCUCACUGCUCCUCUCACCUCCUAGGAGGCAUACUUGCCAACCCUCCCGAUUUUUUCCGGGAGACUCCCGAAAUUCGGUGCCCCUCCCGAAAAUCUCCCGGAGCAACCAUUCUCCCGAAUUUCUCCCAAUUUCCACGCAGACAUCAAUAUUGGGGGCGUGUCUUUGGCGUCCCCUUCAACCUGUCGUCGUGUCCGCUUUCCCUCCCUUCAAACAGCGUGCCGGCCCAGUCACUUAGUAUAUGCGGCUUACAUAUACACACACAUGUGAAUGCAAGGCAUACUUGGUCAACAACCAUCUCCCGAAUUAGGUGUCAAGGUUGGCAAGUACGCCUCGGGGGUGAACAUAGGGAUGGGUCAAAUGCAGGGGACAAUUUCACCACAAGUCGUGGGUGUGUGACUAUCGUUGGGACUUUAACUUUUAUCAAAAACAUAUUCAAAUAAUUUCACAAAUAGAAAUGUGAAUUUUUUCUUUUUUCUUCUUCUUUGGUCUCCACAUUAUGCUAAGAUCCCCGAUUUAGAAAGAAAAUAGUUGCCAAUAAGUCAAUCCUAUACAAACUCUCAGUAUACAUUCUGUAAAGCUAUUACUUUUAUCAAUAUAAAUAUUAAUUAUUCAUGAAGUUUAGUUACCUUGGCUGGUUAGGUCCUGAAUGUCAAACUGUGGUACGCGGGAACAUAACAUAUCAUCCCAAAAAUACAAAUAUAUGAUCGCUAAAAUAGGAAUGAUUAACUUCGCUGCAACACCUUUUGGAAGCUACCGUAUUUCCUUGAAUUGCCGCCGAGGCGCUAAUUAAUUAAAAGGCAUGCGGUAAAUUUAGGUCUGCGCUUAUAAAUUUGAAUGUGAUGUAAGGAUACCAUCAUGAAAAGCACAUUUAAUUAAAAAAAACGUUAUUAUGGUCUUACCUCUACUUAUAAAUGAAGUCCAUGCGCAGCUCCUUCUGAUCAAAAGCAUCGAUAACUUGUUUAUAGAAGUCUUCCUUAUCUUUCUUCAGUUUUAAAAGUCUCUCUGUCUCGAUGGACAUCGUCCUUUAUUACUUCCUGCUUCGAUUUAAAGUCCAGUUUAGAGAACUGUUUUAUUUUAGAUAUGUAAUCCUUCGUGUUAAAAGUGCAAGCGAGAGGAAAAAAUAAACGAUUGCUGCUUGUUGUCACUUCUUCUGCAGCCGAGUAGUCUCAAGAAGGAUCACUAGCGCCCUCUACCACCAGGAGGCGGGAGUCAUUUAAUGACUCAUAUUUGACACACGCAGCUACGGUAUAUUAAUAAAACUUAGCUGCUUACUGUUCUUUUUAGCAUAUUCAAUAGCUUGGACCUUAAAUCCUCCUGAAUAGCUCUUAAUCUUCUUCCCUUUUUGCAAUUUCAAAUUAUUGAAAUCAGCCUCCUCCAUUUUGAAAAUGAUGACAGGUGAAGUGUCACUCGUGACGUGACGAGUUUGACCCGGCGCUAAUCCUGAGCCGGCGGUAAUGCUAAGCAUGCGCUAAUUAUUUUGCGAAACGAGUUUGACCCGGCAGUAAUUCUAGGCAGGCGCAUACUAUAUACCCGGCGGCAAUUCAAGGAAAUACGGUAUAUGAUCGCUAAAAUAGGAAUGUUUAACUUCGCUGCAACACCUUUUGGAAGCUAAUUUGAGGUAGCAAAUAUGGUGGUACAUGCCGUGCCAUGGUCUUAUCGAAUUGUUUCCACGGUCCCCUUAAUCCUGACUAAUGUACGAUCAAAUGGUGCUAAAGUGUGUGCGUAUUGUCAAGUAUGUACUGUAACUAUAAAGACUGGAAUAAAUCCAUCUCAAACCACAACUUUA